UGGGCCAAUUUGGGCCAAGAAUCACAUUUCUAAAUUCUAACCCAUCUUCGAAGCACAAACAGGCUGCUAACCAGACGAACGACCCAACAAGACACUUCUUGCUGGAAGAACUCUCUGCAACUAUGGAGGGUUUAAGGAAGGGAGUGGAGAGGCCAUGGCGAGUCCUGGAAUUCUACAGCGGCAUCGGCGGGAUGCGGUAUUCCUUGAUGAAAGCAGGUGUGGAUGCAGAGGUCGUCGAAGCCUUCGACAUUAACGACGUCGCAAAUGAUGUUUAUGAACAAAACUUUGGCCACCGUCCGCACCAGGGUAAUAUCCAGACCUUGUCUGCUGCUGACCUUGAUAGCUAUGAGGCAGAUGCUUGGCUUCUGUCGCCUCCAUGCCAACCUUACACGCGCCAAGGUCACCAGAAGGGUUCCAGUGAUGCUAGAGCCUUUUCCUUUCUGAAGAUUCUUGAACUCAUACCACAAAGCUCAAGGCCUCCUGUCAUGCUUUUUGUAGAGAAUGUUGUCGGAUUUGAGACUUCCGAUACGCAUAAAAAGAUGAUUGCAAUUUUGAGAGAAAAUCAUUUUUGCACUCAAGAAUUCAUUUUAAGUCCUUUGCAAUUUGGUGUUCCCUAUUCGCGCCCUCGCUACUUUUGUCUGGCCAAGCGAAUUCCUGUGUCUUUUCAGAAUCCACUAUUCAAUAAUAAACUUCUUCGAACUCCUGGCCCUAUACAUGGGAGUUCUGAAAGCACAGCAACAAUUGGCGAAGCAGACUCACAAGCAUAUUGGGAUAAAUUACAAGAAACUUGUCAGCCUAUAAAAGAUUUUCUGGAAUCGAAGAAUUUUACAAGUGAAGUUGUUUCAGAACAAUGUAGUAUGCGUGGUAAUGUUUCUGAAAGUUCAAAUGUUAUUGAGGAAGAAACUGGAUCUGUCGAUCAUCCUCUAGAUCAGUAUAUAGUCCCAUCAAGUCUUGUACAAAGAUGGGGCAGCGCAAUGGAUAUUGUUUUCCCUGAAUCAAGGCGCUGCUGUUGUUUCACCAAAAGUUACUUCCGAUAUGUGAAGGGCACCGGAUCCCUAUUGGCGACUGCCCCUGGAAAGAUGAAAGAUAAAACAUCAUCUUUGUCGGAGCUUCAGCUUCGAUACUUCACACCAAGAGAGGUUGCCAAUUUACAUUCUUUUCCCGGAAAAUUUCAAUUUCCAGAACAUGUUAGCCUUCGCCAACGCUACGCAUUGCUGGGAAACAGUUUGAGUGUGGGAGUUGUGGCACCCCUAUUCGGCUACCUAUUUGCUCGUCCAUCGGAUUUGUUUGAAUGCAUUACUGCACACUUAUCGUGAGCUCUUCGUGCUGCACCGGAACUUCCUCGCCGGCUGCUUCGAGUAUCAAUUAUUUAACUCAUCUUAUCUGUAUGUUAGUUAAGAAGAAAGGAAUUGUGAUUUGUUUCAGAUUUAGAUUUGAGCAUUUGAUUGUAGGCUUACAAUGUCGUAUGCACAACUCCAUAGAUUUUGAGUAGUUUUUGUGGUGUUUGUUUGUAUGAACCUUUUGUGAGUUUCAGAUAGACGAGAACGAUUAUGUU